CAACAGUAUCAACAGCCUGAGCCUCUGACCAAGGAGAGAAGAGGCUUCCUACAGAACAGACAAAAGACAAAAGCCAGCAGAUACCCAGAAGAUCUCAGAAGCCUAUGUAUGAGUCGGAUGCACCAUCCUGGACAGAAUCUGAUCUUAGAGCCUUUCAUCAUCGCUCACUCCAUAUCAACUUCCCAGGAAGGAGAGGCAGUGGGGAGAAGCAGGAAGAGCUCUAGCAAUCAGGGGCCAGGAAGAUGCCAGGAGCACAGCUGGACUCAGAUAAGGGGAAUAAACAAAAGAGGACAAGUUCCAUAAAGAGGGAGACUAACACAGGCAAACAGGAGCAGGAAGCCUCGGCAAAGAAGGAGGCAGUGGAAGGAAAUGAAUCCAGGCAAAAGAAGAAAGCAGCAGCCACCACAGUGAAUGUCACCAAAGGUUGGAAGAAGGUGGUAACGGCAAAGGCCGCAGUGAAAGCAAUGGCAGCCCGGUCAAGGGAAGAAUUCAAGAGCCAAAGCCCGUGGGGGGAAGCAAAAGGGUUGACCACGUUUCUGAAAAAGUACCCGGAUGCCCUGCUGCGCAAGGACCUGGCUUCCUUAUCUCCAGCCGAGGCGAAGCGUUACUUGCUUUUUGUGGAACCCAAGAAGGCCGGAUCCAGCGCCCUGCUCCCCAGUGACUCGAUUGAUAGCAUCAGCAGCAGUCAAGGCUGCAGGCGGUGGGAGCUGCCUGCGGAGGCAGACACAGAACAGCAGAAAUGCCUCAUUGGAGUGCUGAAGGCUUUCGAGGCUCGAAGCCGAAUCCGAGCACUACGACUCCGAUAUACACGGAUGAGGGCUGAUGAGAUAAAGCACCUGAUUAGCAGGCAGAAAACAGCCCGGGCAGCAAUCCGACUUGAAAUAUUCCUGCCCCCUCAUCUGAACCCCACAAAGAUCCCUGACUGUCUGGACAGACGUGAGAGGCAUCGAGUAGAGGCCAUCCUAGAAGAAGACAACGCCCAUCCAAUGUUCAGAUGAUUUGGAGGAGCCAGCUAGGGAUCAUUUCCCCUACCACUGGAAGCUCUGGACCAAAAAAAAAAAAAAAGAAAAAACCAGAAGAAUUCUUUCCACCUGAAAUUCUUUCUUUUAUCUUUUAUCUUUAUUCCCUGAUAACAUGCCCAAGACUAAUUUUAUGACUAUAAAUUGGGUACCUGGGUCAGGUAUACGCCCAAAUUCUGGCUUUAGCACCACACAAACAACAGGACAGCCUCCUUGGCCCAGACAACAUCACAAACACACACAAUAGAUAUAGUCACCAGGCAGCACUUGGCUGAAAUCUAGAUCAGGAAUGCUAUAGAAAAAUAUGUGGCUUUCAUCAGAAUAUCUGA